AAGAACAUUGCAGCAGAGGCACAGAAGGAGACUGCAAGAGGAGCUGGGAAUAUUACACACAGAACACAGCCGAACCACAACACCCUCCCCUGGACACACCCUGCUGGGGAUCACUGCUUCUCUUUUUUCUGAACCGUCGCCCACGCCACUCGGAGAGAAAGCUCUCCCUCAUCAUCAUCCUGAAGAAAACCCCUUUCUCCUCAUUUUCACCCUACAGAGGACACCUACCAAUCUCCAAGGGCUGAGAUUCCCCUGGUGAACAUUGUCUUUUUUCCUUUUUUCUUUUUUUUUCCCUUUUGGAUUUGGACACGGCCUCUCCACAGUAAAUACACAGGCCAGCUAAUAUAAAGACCACAGAUCAUAGUAUUGACUCAACCUACGGCUUGAAGACCUGUGAAACGAAGAAGGACCUAGAUCACUCUCAUUGUAUGUCAAGAAUGGUUACUCAGAUAAUCAGCACCAUGGAAACCCAGGUGUCCAACGGUCCGAGCGGAACCAGCCUGCCUAACGGGCCAGUCAUCAGCACCAACGGUGCCACAGACGACAGCAAGACCAACCUAAUCGUCAACUACCUGCCUCAGAACAUGACCCAGGAGGAAUUCAAGAGCCUGUUCGGUAGCAUUGGAGAGAUCGAAUCCUGCAAACUGGUCCGAGACAAGAUUACAGGCCAGAGUUUGGGCUAUGGGUUCGUAAACUAUGUGGAUCCCAAUGACGCAGACAAGGCCAUCAACACUCUCAACGGUCUCAAACUGCAGACCAAAACAAUUAAGGUAUCGUACGCCCGUCCCAGUUCAGCAUCUAUCCGUGAUGCCAACCUGUAUGUGAGCGGUCUGCCUAAGACCAUGACCCAGAAGGACAUGGAGCAGCUGUUCUCCCAGUACGGACGCAUCAUCACCUCCCGCAUCCUGGUGGACCAGGUUACAG